CCCUCUUCAUCGACCCUAGUUCUUAUUUCUUAAACCAUAAAAAAAAAAAAAAAAUGGGUUCCCUCCCUCACAUUGUGGAAGACUGCAUGGGCGUUCUCCAACUCUUUAGCGACGGUUCCGUCCAUCGCUGCUCUUUGAAAGACAUAAACUUCCCGUUUCCAGCCGUUAAUGACAACUCCGUGGACUUCAAAGACGUCGUUUUCGACAAAAAGCUCAACAUUUCCUUACGUGUGUACAGACCUAAAAGCCAUGCGUCCCCGACGCCCGCAAAGCUCCCCGUGGUGUUUUACUUCCACGGGGGCGGUUUCUGCGUCGGCUCGCGGGUGUGGCCCAACUGCCACAACUGCUGCAUCCGCCUGGCAUCUGAGCUCAACGCGCUCGUCGUGGCGCCAGACUACCGGCUCGCCCCUGAGCACAAGCUCCCGGCCGCGGUGGAUGACGCGGUGAGUUCGGUGGAGUGGCUGCAGAGGGAGGCUUUGAUGAGUGAGGGCAGUGGUGAUUGUGAUGCAUGGCUGGGUGGUGGUAUGGUUGACUUUGACCGGGUUUAUGUGGUGGGCGACUCAUCUGGAGGUAAUAUGGCUCACCACGUGGCCGUACGGCUCGGAGCCGGGUCGGUCAAGGCGGCGCCGGUGCGGGUACGCGGAUAUGUGCUUUUGGCGCCAUUUUUUGGUGGAGUGGAGAGGACAAAGUCGGAGGAGGGUCCGUCGGAGACGUUUUUGAAUUUGGAGAUACUUGACAGAUUUUGGAGGCUCUCAUUGCCAAAAGGAGAAAGCAGGGAUCAUCCAAUGGCCAACCCAUUUGGACCAAACAGCCCCAGCCUUGAGGAGGUGGAUCUUGAUCCCAUCUUGGUUAUUGCGGGUGGCAAUGAAAUGUUGAAAGAUAGAGUGGAGAUCUACUCGAGGAGACUGAAAGAGUUGGGAAAGAAGAUUGAGUAUGUGGAUUUUCAUGGACAACAACAUGGCUUUCUCACAAAUGAUCCAUACUCAGAAGUGGCAAAUGAAGCACUGCAAGUUAUUAAGAGAUUUAUGAUUGAAAACUCCAACUAAAAACAUCAUCAUCUUAAUUAUUGGUUCAGUUUCCACUUCAUUGAAUAUUUUGUUUCUUCCUUUUUGAGUGUUUGAGGUUUUGUAAGUUUGUAGUGUACAAGAACUUGAUUAGAGAUAUUGUUUGUCCUUGUGCACCUAUUAGUUCUACGUUAAUUAGUCCUUCUGCACUUACUAGUUCUA